GUCAAACGUCUAGCGAAUCACAACAAAACAUCACCGUGUGGCCCAUUCCUGUUCACACAAUUUACACAAUUAAAACACCGUCUUUUUUCUUCAUCGAUCCUUCACAACGAUUGUCCAAUGGCAUUGGUGAGAUCUUUCCAAAUCCUCCUUCCCAAGCUGCCGGCCGUUCCUUUCUUCGGUGGCAAUCUGUUCAACGGUCUUGCAGAAGCUACAGCUGGCGGUGCCUGGGGUCUGCUGUCGGCCCGCACAGUUAUCCGGAAUCAGUUUCCCCGCGCACGAGAAACAAAGCGUGUCCGAGUGCACGGAUGGUGGAAACGGAUGUCUACCCUGGCCGGGCGCCGGGUGCUGAUGCGUAAAAUACUGAAGGGCCGACAUGUGUUGUCGCAUUAGCGUAACGUGGGCUGUUUGAUUGUUUUAGUUGAUAUUUACGAUAAAUAAAGCGAUGCGGUGGCAAUGAA